GGUUUCGGUAUAGCUGUAAGUGGGGGAGUUGAUAGUCCACAUUUCGCUAAUGGUGACCCCUCUAUAGCUAUUUCAGACGUAUUAAGGGCAGGACCAGCAGAAGGCAAACUUCAAGUAAAUGAUAGAAUAAACAGUGUAAACAACAUAUCAUUAGAAAAUGUAGAUCACAGUCGAGCUAUACAAGUGCUAAGAGAUAGUGGUAAUUCUGUACAUUUAGUA